AAAUCAAAGCUUCUUCUUCUUCUUGGACUCAUUAUCAAUGUGUUUGAUUGAACAAUAUAUAUCUCCAGAAGAUGCUGCUAUAAACAUCAUUUUAUAUUUGCAACGUCCUUGGCAUCCCAUGCAGAUGGGUCGAGUGAGAGCACUGUUUUUAACAAUAUUGAACUCCUCUCCUUGUACCGUAACUCUUGAACCAGGAUUCAUAUAUAAAUCCUUCCCAAAGUAACAUUCGAUAUGGAGUGCGACUUCACAUUUUUUGCAUCUAUAGAAUCCGGUUCUUGAAUCUCCUCUUAGAAUUAUUGCUUCCUCACAAAGAUCACACGAGUAGUCUCCCUUUGCAACAUCUUCUUCAUAUGAACCCUCAGAAAUAUCGGACGAGGCCAUGUAGUCUAAAUAAGUGAAUUCUUUAUAUGAAAAAGUGAGUAAAUGUUCAUCAUUCAAGUAUCUCACCUUAUAUGGAAGACCCGCACAACGAAAACACAAGAGAAAGCCGCAAUCAUCGCACGCUAACGUUUCUCUUCGAUUACUACAAAUCAUACAUGUACUUGUUGAGUUAAAUAACAAGGGAUGGAUAUGCAAAUGAUGAUCGUACGGCUCAGAUAUAGAAGCACAUCGUACGUCUAAACUGAAAUUGUUACAAUCAACAUUGUAACACACAUAUUUGAAACCGCAUGAUUCAACCUCACAAUACUGACAUUGUUUGAUUUGGGUAAAACAUGGUUCCAGAGUAAGUAAAUGGGCAUGUAAGGCAUGAUGUUUCACACGGGGAAGAUAUGCACAUUCUUCAUGGAGAACAUAAUCACAUUCCACGCAUGUAUAUGUUUUACCAUCAUAUAGAGGAAGUAUGCACGCUUGACAAUAUUUUUCUUCACCGCACCAUCUUUUUACAUCUUCAUCAAGUCGCAUGGGAUGUUCUGGAUGACUAAAAUGUAGUAUAAUCCCAUCACGAAUUUCCUCAAAUGGCGGCUUAAUAUUCUCAUCGUCUUCUUCGGGUUCUCCUUCAAGCUCCUUUCUGUCCCAUAUUAUUCCUCUUGUGCGACUUGUGGCACAAUUAGUAUGCACACCAUAAAUGCAGCCCUUUGUCAUGCAAGUAUAUGCCCCAUACUUUUUGUCAAUAGGUUUGUGACAAACUCCGCAAGCCCAUUCUCCAGACGAAAGAGAAGAAGCAAAAGAAAGACGAUGUUUGGGCGAAUGUUUGUUUACCAAAAUCCGAAGGUGGUCUUGGGCUCAGGAAUCUCCUAACUUGGAACAAGGUUCUCAACUUGAGGUUAGUUUGGUUACUCUUCUCAAGCAGUGGCUCUCUUUGGGUUGCAUGGAUGAAGGAGCACCAUAUUAAAACUGCCACCUUUUGGUCUGCUGAGCUUCACAGCAAUUCCAGUUGGAUAUGGAGAUCCUUAUUAAACCUGAGACCCUUGGCUAAAACUCUGAUCCGAUGUCAAAUCGGUGAUGGCACUUCUGCAAGUUUCUGGUUUGAUCGUUGGUCUCCUCUAGGACCGCUAAUCGAUCUGCUUGGGGACAAUGGUCCAGUCUUAUUGGGAAUCCCCAUCAAUGCUCAGGUUGUAGCUGCCACAAACUCUCACGGUUGGAGGCUCCCUUCUAGCAGAUCCAGGAAUCCGCUAGUUCUCAGCAUCCGAGAUCAUCUGCUCUCAGUCCCAGCCCCUUCUCUCUCUCAUGGCCCUGAUCAGUUUCUGUGGGAAGUAGAUAAUCGCUCUUUGAAUUCAUUUUCUACAAAGAAAACUUGGAAUCAGCUAAGACCCUCAAAGGAGCAACAAUUUUGGGCAAAAGCUGUCUGGUUCAAACACCAUGUGCCUAAACAUGCCUUCACUUUUUGGGUUGCAAAUCUGGAUAAGCUCCCAGUCCGCUCAAGGCUCCUGAGCUGGGGAAUGCAGAGGAAGUCUGGCAGCUUAUUUUGA